CCUGUUUGUGGGAAAAGUUUCAGUCAGAAUUCCAACCUGGUGAUACACCAGGGAACUCACACAGGUGAGAAACCCUUUGAAUGUCCUGAUUGUCAGAAAAGAUUCAGUACCAAUUCCCACCUUAUUAGCCACCAGAGGACUCACACAGGAGAGAAACCCUUUAAAUGUCCUGAUUGUGGGAGAAGUUUCAGUCACAAUUCCAGCCUGGUGAGACACCAGAGGACACACACAGGAGAGAAACAUUAUGAUUGUCCAGACUGUGGGAAGGAGUAGGGUUAACCUUGG